CCGAUCCCCCUCCCCCUCCCCCUCCGUCGUCUUCGCGGCGCCUCUUCCUACUGAACGUUCGAAACCACGCUCCAAAACCCUAGCUAGCUCCCCACCUCCGCCAAGAUGAGCUACGUGGCGUACAAGAUGAUGCACUGCCCCACGGGCAUCGACCACUGCGCCGCCGGCUUCAUCACCCACUGCCCCUCCGACGCCGCCGCCUUCUCCACGGCGGCGGCGGCGGCCUCCGGGCCCGAGGGCGACGUCGACUCGGCGAGCCGGCCGAAGCGCCUGGGGCCGACCCCCAACCUCGUCGUGGCGGCCGCCAACGUGCUGGAGGUCUACGCCGUGAGGGCGGAGGCGGUCGCCGACGAUGGCGCGCAGCCGUCCUCCUCAUCCGGCGCCGUGUUCGACGGGAUCUCGGGGGCGCGCCUGGAGCUGGUGUGCCACUACAGGCUGCAUGGCAACAUUGAGUCGAUGGCCAUCUUGUCGGACGGGGCGGAAAAUAGGCGAGACUCCAUUGCGCUUGCUUUCAGAGAUGCCAAGAUAACUUGUUUGGAAUUCGAUGACGCCGUCCAUGGCCUGCGGACUAGCUCAAUGCAUUGCUUUGAGGGCCCAGAAUGGCAGCAUCUGAAAAGAGGCAGGGAAUCAUUUGCCUGGGGUCCUGACAUAAAAGCCGAUCCGCUAGGCAGAUGUGGGGCUGCACUUGUUUACGGACAACAGAUGACCAUUCUGAAAGCUGCCCAGGUCGGGCAGAGCUUAGUAGGAGAAGAUGAACCUACACGUGCACUGAGUUCUACUGCUGUCCGUAUUGAGUCAUCAUAUUCGAUUGACCUACGUGCUUUAGAUACGAGUCAUGUCAAAGAUUUUACAUUUGUACAUGGUUAUAUUGAGCCUGUAUUGGUCAUACUACAUGAGCGAGAGCCUACAUGGGCUGGGCGUAUCGCAUCAAAGCACCACACAUGUAUGAUAUCUGCAUUUAGUAUAAGCAUGACAUUGAAGCAACACCCCAUGAUAUGGUCCGCUACUAACCUACCGCAUGAUGCAUAUCAAAUUCUUUCUGUCCCUCCACCUAUUAGCGGUGUUCUUGUGGUCUGUGCAAAUUCGAUCCAUUAUCAUAGUCAGUCCACUUCUUGUUCCCUUGCCCUCAACAAUUUCUCAUCACAGACAGAUGGCAGCCCAGAAAUUCCUAAAAUAAAUUUCCAUGUGGAGCUUGAUGCAGCUAAAGCGACGUGGUUAUCCAAUGACAUUGUAAUGUUCUCGACAAAGACUGGAGAAAUGCUGUUACUUACAGUAGUCUAUGAUGGGAGAACUGUGCAUAGAUUAGAUCUAAUGAAGUCAAAAGCAUCUGUCAUCAGUUCGGGUGUUACGACUAUUGGAAGUUCAUUCUUCUUCCUCGGUAGCCGUCUGGGAGACAGCCUUCUUGUGCAAUUUUCCUGUGGCUUGCCAGCAUCUGUGUUACCAGAUUUGACAGACGACCGGUCUGCUGAUAUUGAAGGUGAUCUCCCAUUUUCGAAGCGCCUAAAGAGGGUGCCUUCUGAUGUUUUACAGGAUGUAACCAGUGUUGAGGAACUUUCUUUUCAGAAUAAUAUGUUGCCAAACAGUCUAGAGUCAGCACAGAAAAUCUCAUACAUUGUGAGAGAUUCGUUGAUCAAUGUUGGUCCUCUGAAAGAUUUUUCAUAUGGUUUAAGAGCCAAUGCAGAUCCCAAUGCGACAGGAAAUGCGAAGCAAAGCAAUUAUGAGUUGGUGUGCUGUUCUGGUCAUGGAAAGAAUGGAGCACUUUCUGUGCUUCAACAAUCUAUUCGGCCUGAUUUAAUUACUGAGGUGGAAUUACCAAGUUGCAGAGGUAUUUGGACAGUCUACUAUAAAAGCUCCCGUGGACAUACCACUGAAUAUAAUGAAUAUCAUGCGUAUCUGAUAAUAAGUCUGGAGAGCCGGACAAUGGUACUCGAGACAGGUGAUGAUCUAGGGGAAGUCACUGAAACAGUUGACUAUUAUGUUCAAGGGGCAACCAUUGCUGCUGGUAAUUUGUUUGGAAGGAGGCGUGUCAUACAGGUAUAUGCCACAGGUGCUCGUGUGCUUGAUGGUUCUUUCAUGACGCAAGAGCUAAACUUUACCGCGCAUUCUUCAGAAUCGUCGUCGUCAAGUUCUGAGCCUCUUGGAGUGGCAUCUGCUUCCAUCGCAGAUCCAUACGUUCUUUUGAAAAUGGUUGAUGGAACUAUUCAACUUCUUGUUGGGGAUCAGUCUACUUGUGCUCUUUCCAUCAAUGCUCCCAGUAUUUUCACAAGCUCAAGUGAAAGAAUAUCUGCAUGCACACUUUAUCGUGACAGAGGCCCCGAGCCAUGGCUGAGAAAAACGCGUAGUGAUGCAUGGCUAUCUAGUGGCAUUACAGAGGCGAUUGAUGGUAGUGGUAGUUCAUCUCAGGAUCAGUCUGAUAUAUACUGUAUCGUUUGCUAUGAAAGUGGUAAACUAGAAAUAUUCGAAGUGCCUACCUUCAGAUGUGUUUUCUCUGUGGAAAGUUUCUUCUCUGGCGAGUCACUUCUGGUUGAUGGUGCAAAAGGACCGGAUGCCACUAAGGUUUCUCUGAAGAAAGAAGCAGCAAAUAACAUUCGGAUAGUUGAGCUUGCAAUGAAUAGAUGGUCUGGUCAGUUCAGUCGCCCAUUCCUUUUUGGCUUGUUGAACGAUGGGACAUUGUUGUGUUACCAUGCUUAUUGCUAUGAAGGCUUGGAAGGCAAUAUGAAAGCUAAUUCAUUUUCACCUGAUGGUUCUGCGGAUGUUGGCAACACCAGUGACACGAGACUAAGAAAUCUGAGAUUUCACCGGGUUUCUGUUGACUUCCCGUCACGCGAAGACAUAUCAAAUCUUGCACGACCAAGAAUCACGAUUUUUAACAAUAUUGGAGGUUAUGAGGGAUUGUUUCUUAGUGGCACGAAGCCAGUCUGGGUUAUGGUUUGUCGACAACGACUUCGGGUGCAUCCACAGUUAUGUGAUGGUCCCAUUGAAGCUUUCACUGUUCUCCACAACGUAAAUUGUUUUCAUGGACUUAUAUAUGUUACAUCACUGGGUUUUCUGAAGAUAUGCCAAUUGCCCUCAGCGUAUAACUAUGACAACUACUGGCCUGUUCAGAAGGUACCUUUGCAUGGUACCCCACAUCAGGUCACAUAUUAUGCAGAACAGUCCCUGUAUCCACUUAUUGUGUCUAUUCCUGUUGUGCGCCCCUUAAAUCAAGUGCUUUCUAUUAUGGCUGAUCAAGAAUUGGUUCAACACAUGGAUAACGAUGCUACAAGUGCUGAUGACCUCCAAAAGACUUAUACUGUUGAGGAAUUCGAGGUUCGCGUUUUGGAGUUGGAGAAACCUGGUGGACGUUGGGAGACAAGGUCCACUAUUCCAAUGCAAUCAUUUGAAAAUGCUCUGACUGUGCGCAUUGUUACAUUACAUAACACAACCACCAAGGAAAAUGAAACCCUGAUGGCCAUCGGGACUGCUUAUGUCCAAGGGGAGGACGUAGCUGCUAGAGGACGGGUGCUUCUGUUCUCUUUCACGAAAAGUGAAAAUUCUCAAAAUCUGGUGACCGAAGUCUACUCAAAAGAGAGUAAAGGUGCUGUAUCAGCUGUUGCAUCGCUUCAAGGUCAUCUUGUGAUAGCUUCUGGCCCAAAAAUCACAUUGAACAAAUGGUCUGGUUCUGAAUUGACAGCUGUUGCAUUCUAUGAUGCCCCUUUGCAUGUCGUGAGCUUGAACAUUGUCAAAAAUUUCGUUUUGUUCGGUGACAUCCAUAAAAGUGUGUAUUUUCUUAGUUGGAAGGAGCAAGGUUCUCAGCUGACUCUGCUUGCAAAGGACUUUGGAUCUCUUGAUUGCUUCGCGACUGAGUUCCUAAUUGAUGGAAGCACAUUGAGCCUUAUAGUUUCUGACUCUGACAAGAAUGUGCAGAUUUUGUACUAUGCUCCCAAAAUGGUGGAGAGCUGGAAGGGGCAGAAGCUCCUUUCCAGAGCAGAAUUUCAUGUUGGAGCCCAUAUAAGCAAGUUUCUGAGGUUGCAGAUGCUUCCCAUAGCAUCUGAGAAGACAAAUCGUUUUGCUCUUCUGUUUAGUACUCUAGAUGGUGGCAUCGGAUGCAUCGCACCUGUUGAUGAGUUGACAUUCCGCCGGCUCCAGAGCUUACAAAGGAAGCUUGUGGAUGCUGUCUCCCAUGUGUGCGGCCUGAAUCCAAAAUCAUUCAGGCAGUUUAAAUCUAACGGGAAGGCGCAUCGUCCUGGACCAGAUAACAUCAUUGACUUUGAGCUUCUUUCAUACUACGAGAUGUUAUCGCUAGAAGAGCAGCUUGACAUUGCACAGCAGAUUGGAACCACCCGCUCACAGAUCCUUUCCAACUUCAGUGAUUUUUCGCUGGGCACUAGUUUUCUGUGAGCUAAAGAUGGGAGGUGCUGAAAGCAACACCAUGAUACAGAUGGUAAAUGCAUCCAAAGCUGCUUGCCGCUUGGUGAUUCUUCGGAACUGCAGUGACCCUUGCACUCUGGCACCAGCCUUCUCAUUAAGAUCAUGUCUGCAGGCUAGGAUUAUGUAGUGUAACCAAGGGAACAAUCAUUGCCUGGCCAGUUUGAUCUUACUCGGUAAGUUAUGACCACAGGCAUAUGAUUUAGCAUUUCAAAGCGCAUUGUAGAUGCUCAUGGCGGUUUCACACUAUUUACCUGAGCGUCUUGCAGGUUGCUUUUAGCUAGCUGAUGUCUCCUUGGGGACUGUAAUUUACCAUCUUAAGGACUCGUGAUGCAAUUUUCUAUUAGGAUGUAAAAGAUUGGGUUUCCACAUGCUGCUUAGCUGCUGAGAGACCUGUUAAUCUCUGGGAGUAGAUGUCUUUUGUAGUUUUAUUCUGCAUUUUUUGUAGAUCAAAUUGUUCUACUCUUGCUCAUCCCCAAAGAAUUAUCAUUUGUGAAA